UAAUCUGUAUUGUGUAAAUGAAAAUUUUUAUAGAAACGAAGGAAUAUUAGUUCAAGAUUACCAUUUGCUUAAUAACCAAAUAUUAUAAAAAUAGCUGGAAAUAUCUCGUGAAACCAAUGGGAAACAUCACAUAGGCAAAUUAUUUUCGGCGCGUUGCUGUCCAAGACAGCCGCAAUGGAGCCAUCAGGAGUUGAUUUCAACCUCCAUUGGGAGGAGGUUGUGAUAAAGAACUCCCCCAAACAUGAAAAUGACACAAUGUGCAACCUUGAUAGUGUACAAAGCUAUUCAGCAAUGACAUCAGAAGAGAUAAUAGCUGAUACAGAUCAAAUGGCGGCAGAAAAUCUUAUGUAUCUAUCACAAGAUGUAGUUGGUUAUGCAGAACCAGUAUUGCCAGAUGAAUUGAAUGUUGAAUGUGUUACUGAAGAGGUUAUAACUGAUGACUGGGUUCUAGCUGGAGGACAGGAACGAGUGGAAGUCCCUAUGGAGCAAUUAGUACAUAAUGUGUCAGAUGUGAAAGUUGAAAAUGACAUUGAUGUUCCGUUACCAACUGAUCAGGACCAAUACACAGCGAUGCGGCCCUGGCCUUGCGACUUCUGUUCGCGCCGGUUCCGCAAGAAGGCGGCCUUGAUGAACCACAUGGUGGCGCACCAGAACGACCGGCCGCAUGCGUGUAACCUGUGCGGUGUGCGGUAUGUGCGCAAGUGUGACCUCAUGAACCAUCUGAAGGUGCAUGCCUUUGUGCCUGACAACCACGACACUAUGGAUUAUGAUGAUGUUAUUAAUAACAGUCCACUAUUAAAGCCAAAGAAAAAAAGGGGACGACGAAAAAAAAAUCCAGAACCAGAAGAGAAUGGUGUGUGGGAAAACAUGACGUCAGCGAGGACACAGCAAUGGCAGAGACGCGCGCGCACUCCCGUACGGCGCUCCCCCUCCCCGCCCUCGGAGCCGGACCCACCCCCAGAGCCCUCACCGCCCUCCCCACCCUCGCCACUACCACCCACCGACCCUUCGCGACCCUUUGUAUGUCGCCAUUGUGGGGUCGGCUUCGCGAGAGAAAAAGCGCUACAGUCACAUUCUAGAAUCCACGGCGGCGAUUCACCAGUGGAGUGCGGAGAUUGCGGCGAACUGUACUGGUCCCGAGAGGCACUCGCCGCUCACGCCGCUCACAAACACCCGCACGCUGCACCUCGCGCACGACGUGAUCCCUCAUACGAACUUUCCAACUCAGACGAUGACUACGACUACCGCAUGUCGUCAAUGGAGUCAAGUGGGGAGCGCACUGGGUACGAAGCUCGCGGGCCAGAGCUGCGCUGCCAGGACUGCGGAGUCGCCUUCCAACGUGUCGACUUGUUACGCCGUCACGUUGCUGCCGCUCAUAAUUACAAGCGGCACGAUAGUACGAGCAGUGCUGGUGGUGGUGGGGGAGGGGGAGGGGGCGCUUGGGGGUGGGGCGAGCACGCGUGCGAUGUGUGCGGAGAGACCUUCGCCGAUCCUCUGCAGCUGCUGGCUCAUGCCGAGGGCCAUGCGGAGCGACACCGGCCCAAUGCCACCAGAUUAAAAAGAAUGGGUCGCGGCAAAACUAGUACGGCAUCAUCUAAUAACUCGAGACAGUUUCCCUGUAAAGAGUGCGGCAAGGUGUUCGGUUCGCGCAGCUCGCAACAGAUCCACGUGCGUAUUCACACAGGAGAGCGGCCGUACGCCUGCCGCUUCUGCUGGAAGGCUUUCGCGGACGGCGGCACUCUGCGCAAACACGAGCGUAUACACACCGGUGAGAAGCCAUACGGAUGUGCGGUCUGCCCGCGCGCUUUCAACCAACGCGUCGUGUUGCGAGAACAUGUUCGCUCCCACCACUCCGCUCCCAACAAACGAACCAACGGCAGCAACGUGUACAUGUGCGUGGUUUGUGAUCGCACUCUCCAUUCCAGCGUGGAGCUGGUGCAGCAUCUCAUACAGCACUGCGACGCCAACACCGCCCUCAAGCGGCAGCCGCAGAACGGACCUCGGAAGUACAAGCGGCGGCGGAAAUUGAAAACUGAACUGGUGUCGCCGAAACGCGAGUGGGAGGAGCAGGAGCGUGCUUCCUCCCCCUCCGCCGCCUCGGGUGCAUCCCGCUCUCCGUCGCGGACCUCGCCCCCACCCUCACCACCACCGCGUCGUCUCGCCUCCCCGCCGCGUCGCGUCCCACCCCCUCCGCGUCGUCGACGUCGCCGCGCGGCCCAACCCCCUCCCCGCCCCCGCAUGAUACACACCGAAGAAGCCAGACCCAGGACUAAACAAGUGCGCGGUCGCAAAUCGCCAAGGCAGCCGGCUGACGACCUGCGUGCAAUCGCCAUGCCCGCCUCGCCGCCGUCACCCCCCUCGCCGGGCAUGGCGCACGCGUCCCCCGCCUCCCCCGACACGUUGUCCCCGCGCUCACAGCACUCUCCCAACUCCCCGGCCGGACCGUACAAGUGCGAGAUGUGCUCCCUGGAAUUUGAAGACCGCGAUGCGCUGCUGCUUCACGUGCCCGUACACAUUUGACGCACGAGCUCUCGACUACGCACACGGAAUUGUAGAAAUCUCGCCGGUGUUUAAACACACUUGUGGGUACAUAUCUUAAUAUAAUAGUGCAGUGAUGGCGAACCUUUACGUGUCGAGUACUUUAUCAAGGAAUGUUUGUUUGUCAGAGACGUGCCAUCAAGUAAUUUUUACUAUUAUAAGGAACAUUCCGCAGCGUACGGGUUAUUUGUGUUGGCUCGUCAUUGUGCCUCGUGUCCUUGGUUCGCUAUCCCUGUAUUAGUGUGUGGUGUAAAUACAUCUCACUCGGGUAUUUAUACGAAUAAGACACGCAUUUUAAUUUUGUUAAUACACUUACCUAAUUUGGACGCUUAUUUAAUUUUUUUUUUUUAGAGAACAUGGUCAUGUGAAUGUGGUAAUAAUUACUCGAAUCGUUCAAUCGCAAAAUUUGUAUUAAGACAGUAUUUAAGAUGGUUCUUAUAUAAAUGUACAUAUUUGAAUA